AAGCGUGGCGGUGGUCAUGCUGACAUCUAUGGCGGUACUUUGCAUGGCCAUAAAGUGGCACUGAAGCGUUUACGAUAUUUCUCUAAUAUGACGCGGGAAGAGACACAGCAAACCAGUAAAAUUCAGGACUUUGCUCGUGAAUCCUUACUUUGGCUCCAACUCCAACAUGAAAACGUAGUUCAUCUCCUUGGCAUUGACGUCGAACGAUUUCCUGGAAUGCCAUGUAUGGUACUUCCUUGGAUGGAAUCUGGAAACAUCAGAAAUUAUAUGGAGAAGAAGACGUUUCCUGUAGUGCAAUUGAAUCAAUGGCUGCGCGAAGUGGCAGAAGGUCUAACUUACCUCCACGAUGAGCAAGUCGUUCAUGGUGAUUUGCGAGGCACCAACAUAUUGAUGUCAGAGGACGGUGUUGCUAAGCUCGCGGACUUCGGGCUCUCCGUCUUUGCUGGAGAGCGCAGCAAGAGCUUCCAUUCCUUACGAGGGGGAUCAGAGCGAUGGAUGGCACCGGAGUUGCUUGAUCCUGAAGCAAUGAAUUUAAUUUCUACCCGACCAACGUUAGCCUCAGAUGUAUAUUCCUUUGGUAUCGUUUGUGUCGAAAUCUAUACUUGCGAGAAACCAUUUCAUGCUCAUACCAACGACAACCACGUCCGCAAGAUCGUUGGAGCUGGGGGGAGGCCGGAGAAACCUUCCGAUCCCUUGAAGGCAAUCAUGGACGACGACCUUUUUGACCUUGUGUGCUCUUGCUGGCAGCAUCAACCAAGUGAUAGACCGCCUAUAUCUACGGUACUGCAGCAGCUUCGAGAUCGAGCUUAGUCACUCGUACGUCCCUUUCCUCUGCGGCUCUGUAUCAACCUACCGGGGCUUGGAGUCCGAACACUUCUUCCGCCGCAUCAGUUCAUGCUUUCCGGACCAUAUGUUCCAUUGUGGGCUCAUGCUGUAUUAAAGUUUUGCGCUAUUUGGGACACCCUU